AUGGCAGAGAGUCAACAAGGCAACCCUGAGAGUGAGGCACCAACUAGGCCUGGGAAGCACUAUAUCUGCGGUGGUUGUGCUGGCAUGGCAAAUAUAAUGAUCACCUUCCCAAUAAAGAAGGUCAUCUUUCGGCAGCAGGUUUUUGGCGUGCCCACGACCGAGGCCAUCCGGCAGUUACAGAGGGACGGCAUGCGGACACUGUACCGUGGUCUGCUGCCCCCUCUACUACAGAGAACCACCUCAAUGGCCUUCAUGUUUGGCUUCUACAAUGAUUUAUCUCGGCUCCUGCCACGACCCGCCGGCAGCCCGGGACUGCUGACCGGCAGCAUGGCGGCUAUUCUGGCCGGCACUAUGGGGGCAACUUUGACCCCCUUUGAGAGGGUCCAGGCACUUCUACAGGACCAUCGGCACCACGGCUGUUUUAGCAAUACUUUUCACGCAUUCCGGACACUGGUGCAGGACUACGGGGUGCGUGAAUUGUAUCGCGGUAUGGGGCCCAUCCUGUUGCGCAACGGUCCCUACAACAUGCUGUUCUUCGGGCUACGUGGACCGAUCAAGAACAGCUUGCCUGAGGCUGAAACUCAUGCCGGCCACCUGGUCAGUGACUUUGUCUGCGGCGGCCUUCUGGGAGCCACUCUAGGUUUCCUUUUCUACCCUCUUAAUGUACUGAAGGCUCGCAAACAGAUGCAGGUGGGUGGAGCCUUCCAGGCAUCACAUCAGGUGCUGCGCACCGUCUGGAGCGAGCGAGGUGGUAAAUUGAGCCACCUCUGCCGAGGGGCUCAUCUAAAUUACCACCGCUCCCUCCUGUCCUGGGGCAUCACGAAUGCGGCAUACGAGUUUCUGAGGAAGGUCAUAUAA